AUGCCGGUCCUCAAGAACCCCCAUCAGCUGAAGGCGGCCGGCAGAGGCCCCGGGGACGGAGGCGGGGGCGGCAGCUGCAGCGGGACACUGAUCCUGGCUGAGGAGAGCCCGGGGGCCAACCCUUUUGAGGAGGACCUGGAGGAGAACGAGGAGGACUCCUUCCUCGGGGGCAUCUCUCCCGGUCGAGAGAGGACCUUCCCGGGGGGGAACAGGGCAGACUUUGAGCGGGGCCUCUUCAGCGGCAGCUCCGGGGACCCCUUCAGGCGCCGGGCCACCCUGGAGAAGCUGGUGGGGCUGAGCCCCUUCCGCCUGAGCAGGAGCCGCAAGAGCGGGGAGAAGCGCUCACCCGGGGGCGAGCAGGGCUCUGACCAGCGCUCCUUCCUGGAGCGCAUGAGGCUGCCCCUGAUGGAGGGCAACCCAGGCCAGCGGGGGACCGAGAAGAAGAAGACGCGUCGCUGCUCGGACGACUUCAGCCUGCUGCAGCGGCUGAACGGGCGCCGCAAGGAAGCCCUCUGCGGCUCGGACUGCAGCCCGACGGAGGAGAACGGUGGGGGGGACGCUGCCAAGCGCGGCUCCUUCCUGAAGAUCGGGCUGGGGAGUAAGGUGCGCCGGACAUCCCUGGUGGAGAAGUCCAACCAGGCGGAGGGCUCGGAGGCGGCCCCGGCGGCCGAGAAGAGUGAGCCUAAGCCCAAGGAGCCGCUCUCGGUCCUGGAGAUCUUUCACCUGAUCCACCAGCGGGAUCUCCGCCUGGCAGACCGGCACAUUGUGGAGCUGGAGGCCGAGUGCGCCCAGGAGGGCAGCGGGAAGGACGGCAGCCGGAAGGCCAAGGACGUGGGCCUGCUCUACGAGGCCCUGCAGAAGGAGCUCUGGGCGGUGCUGGCCGAGGCGCUGGCCGCCAAGAGCGCCUACCCUCCCCUGGAGCAGCUGGUGCAGGUAAUCGAGCAGGAGGAGGAGGCCGACCGCAGAUGGCGCCAGGCCCAGGGAGACUCCGCGGGGGCACCCGUUCCCCGCCCCCGCAAGAUGAAGCAGCAGUGGGCCGAGGCGGUGGACCGGCUGGUGGGCCAGAAGCUGUGCCAGUGCAUGGAGGGCCGGGGGGGCACCAUCGCCACGCAGAUGGACCGGCUGGCCAAGUGCACGGUGGAGGACCUGAACAGGGUGAGGGACCACCUGCUGCAGGCCUACCCCAAGGAGUACCAGGCCUUUGGCGUCUACCUGGGCAGCUACCACCGGGGCCUGGCCCGCUGCCUGGCCGAAGGGGUCCAGAAGCAGCUGAGCCUCUCCGAGCUCUACUUCGUCUUGGACUGGAACAGCAACAUCUACCAAAGGGAGGUCCUCAGCCGGCCAGAGAUCUCCGCCCUGGUCAAGCCCCAGGAGCUCGGACCCCUCCUGUCCCCAGAAACGCAGCAGAGUCUGGAGGAGCACUGCAUUGCCGCUGUGAAGGUGGCGAUCACCAAGGACGUGGGCCAAGAGCUGGUGAAGGAGGAGGAGCGGUGGGCGCAGGAAGACAAGGAGAACAGCUUUCAGUUCGACUUGUCCAGCAAAGUCAUCUCGGUGCUGAAGGGGCAUGUCGACAAAGCCCCACGAAUCACGGAGGACUUUGGAAGGAGGGUGGCCCACUGCUGCCUGGCCAGCCUGGCGGAGUUCUUGCAGAGUUUCCAGAAGAAGGUGGAAAAGUUUCACGAAGGCCAGGUGGUCAGCAGCCUCAGCCCCGAGACUUACAUGGGCCGGACCAUCAUGCUGGUCAACUGCUGCCCCCCCUUCAGGGACUACCUGGAGCACCUGGCCAAGUUUGGCCACCCGGACAGCGAGGCUGCAAAGCGGCAGGCUGGCUUGUCCCUCGACCGGGUGACCCGGCUGUGCAACCGCGUGCUGGCUGACCAGCUCUUCCAAAGCCUCAAGCCCUACUUCUACAAGCUGAUGAAGAGGAAAUGGCUGAACAACCCCGAGGCCUUCUCCACCAUCAUGGCUCUCCUGGCGGAGCACGCCCAGAAGCUGCGGAGGAUGAAGCUGGGGCCCUACCAGAUGCUGGUGAGGGAGGUGCACCGGCGGGUGCUGAUCGAGUACGUCCGGCCGCUGAUGCGAGUGCGGAUCAUCUGCAGCUCUUCCAAGAUGAGGGCCAAGGUGGCCCACCGGCUGCGGAGCGAGGCCAAGCAGCUGCAGGAGUUCUUUAUCCAGCUGGAAUCCUCCUCCUCCUGGCUGGACUCCGUGGUGCCCCACCUGGCUGGGAUCCUGGAGCUGGAAGACACGCCGGCCAUCCAGAUGGAAGUGGCCUUCCUGGCCAGGGCCUUUCCUGACGUGCAAAAGAAGCACCUGUCGGCCCUCCUGGAUGUCCGGGGCCUGCAGAGCCAAGCCCAGCGGCAGCUCAUCCUGGCGGCCUUGGAGAGCCUGGAGCUGGAGGGGGCCGAGACGGGCAUCUGCCAAGACCGGGCCUUCUUCUCCGAGAUCUCCACCGGCGAAGUCUUCUGCGUCCGCGUGCAGCUGCACCGCCUCUCGCACUUCGGCUUCGCCUGCUUCUCCCGGAUGCGCCAGAGGCCCCCCCGCCCGCAGCACCAGAGCAGGGCGCUGAGAGAGAAGGAGGAGGAAGCUCAGCUGUGAGGACCCCAAGCGGACCUCCUGGGCCCCUUGGCCAGAGGGCCCCCCUGCCCUUUCCCAAGAAGCCCUGCUGGGCCAGGAGGAGGGUCCGGGCUGCCUGCUGGACACCACGGCUUGGCUCUUGGGCUGCAGGCCUCCUGCAAGUGGCCGAGAGCCGGACAGGCAGCAGCCUCCCUUCCACCGCUAGGAGUGGCCAUGGAGAAAGACCACUGCCUCCCCUGGGCUGGAUUUGGGGGCGAUUGCUGGGGAGGGGGAUAGAAAGGGGCCCGGGGCACUAAUCCAACCCCUCCUAGACUCCCCACCCUCAGAACCAACCGGUGGAUCUGAUGCUCCUCUCAGGCCACUUUGAGGCCAG